GUGUGUUCAGUACACAUCUCUCCACCCUGCUUCUGAUGUCAUACACAGGGCUUCAAGCUCGCCUCAUUAUAGAAUCGUCGACGGAGACUGCCUCAUAUACUGUACUUCUGCCCACACUCGUAAUUUAAAUUUACAUUUAUGUUUUCCUUUUACAUGUAUAUUGUUGUGUUCCUGGAUUUAAUUGCUUAGGCAUUUCAAACGUUCUGCGUUUUUGCUGAGAUGUUUGGCCUUUUGUUCUUCGUGCUGAUGGCGCACACCGCUUAUGGAGACGUGAGCUAUUCUUUCCCGGAGGAGAUGAAACGCGGAUCUGUGAUUGGAAAUAUAGCAAAGGAUCUCGGGCUCGAUGUGAACAGACUGUCAUCUCGUAAUGCUCGCAUUGAUACUGAAGGUAACAGAAAACGAUACUGUGAUAUUAAUCUGAAUACUGGAGAACUGACCGUAGCGGAGAGAAUCGACAGAGAAGAGAUUUGUGGCGACAGGGUUUCAUGUGUUUUAAAAUUUGAGUUCAUGCUCGAGGAUCCCUUAGAGCUGCACCGUGUUUCAGUUCAAAUUCAGGAUAUUAAUGACAAUUCGCCUGUUUUCUCAAAGGAUUUGAUCACAUUUGAAAUUAGUGAGUCUGCUGUCCGAGGAACUCGCUAUCGCUUGAAUUCGGCUCAUGAUGCGGAUGUAGGACAGAAUGCAGUUCAGAAAUACAAUCUACAAAAAAAUUAUAAUUUUCAACUGGCUUUAAAUUCAAAUGUAGACGGAGAAAAGAAUUUGGAAUUAUUGCUAGAUAAAGAGUUGGAUCGAGAGCAGCAGAAAGAGGUGACUUUAAUUCUUACUGCGGUAGACGGCGGGACUCCACCGAGAUCAGGGACUGUAGCCAUACACGUCACUGUGCUGGAUGCUAAUGAUAAUGCUCCAGUCUUUAGUCAGGCCGUCUAUAAAGUCAGUCUGCCUGAAAACUCUCCUCUAGAUACUGUAGUGGUGACAGUGAGCGCUACUGAUGCUGACGAGGGACAGAAUGGAGAAGUGACGUAUGAAUUUGGUCGUAUCUCUGACAGAGCUAGAAAGCUGUUCUCAGUAGAUCCACAUACAGGUCACAUUCAAGUUACAGGUGCCCUUGAUUUCGAGGACGAAGCUGUUUAUGAAUUACGUGUAGAAGGAAAAGAUGGAUUUGGUUUAUCCAGUGACGCUAAAGUUGUAAUUCAACUUACAGAUGUUAAUGACAAUGCUCCUGAGAUACGUUUAAAAUCUUUGCGUAGUCCCGUUCCUGAGAACGCGUUACCCGGUACAGAGGUUAGCAUCAUUAAUGUUCAGGACAGAGACUCUGAGAAUAACGGACAGGUGCGCUGCUCCAUUCAGCAAAACGUCCCAUUUAAACUCGUUCCUUCAAUCAAAAAUUACUAUUCUCUGGUGACCACAGGUGAAUUAGACCGCGAGCUGCUCUCUGAUUAUAAUAUUACAAUCACUGCUACUGAUGAGGGCUCUCCCCCUUUAUCUUCCACCAAGAAUAUUCACUUGACUGUAUCUGACGUGAAUGAUAAUCCACCUGUAUUUGAGGAGCAGAAUUACAGAGCUCAUGUGCAAGAAAAUAACACACCGGGCUCCUCUAUUUGUUCAGUAUCAGCUACAGACCCGGACUGGAGACAGAAUGGCACUGUAGUUUAUUCUCUGUUGUCCUCUGAUGUCAAUGGCGCACCGGUGUCCUCCUUUCUAUCCAUUAACGGAGACACCGGGGUCAUUCAUGCCGUGAGGUCGUUUGAUUACGAACAGCUGAAGAGUUUCAAAGUGCUCGUGUUAGCCAGAGACAACGGCUCUCCUCCUCUGAGCAGUAACGUGACCGUGAGUGUCUUCAUAUCGGAUGAGAAUGACAACUCCCCUCAGAUAUUAUACCCCUCUCCGGAAGGAAACUCCUUCAUGACCGAGAUGGUCCCCAAAGCUGCACAGGCGCGCUCCCUGGUCUCCAAGGUGAUCGCCGUGGACGCGGAUUCUGGACAGAAUGCGUGGCUCUCGUAUCACAUUAUUAAAGCGACUGAUCCGGGACUUUUCACUAUCGGUGUCCACAGCGGGGAGAUCAGGACGCAGCGGGACAUUUCUGAAUCUGACAGCAUGAAACAGAACCUUAUUGUGUCCGUGAGAGAUAACGGACAGCCCUCUCUCUCAGCCACGUGCGCGCUGUAUUUACUCAUAUCAGAUAACUUGGCUGAAGUUCCAGAACUGAAAGACAUGUCUCAUGACGAGAGCAGCUCCAAACUGACGUUUUAUUUGAUCAUCGCGCUGGUGUCCGUUUCCACUUUCUUCCUGACCUUCAUCAUCAUCAUCCUGGCCGUGAGGUUUUGUCAUAGGAGAAAGCCCAGACUGUUGUUUGAUGGAGCUGUAGCCAUUCCCAGCGCGUAUCUCCCUCCAAAUUACGCAGAGGUGGAGGGCGCGGGAACUCUCCGCAGCGCUUACAAUUAUGACGCGUACCUGACCACGGGCUCGCGCACUAGUGACUUCAAGUUCGUCAGAUCUUAUAAUGAGGGCACACUGACUGCUGACCUGACUCUGAAAAAGACUCAGUCCGCUGUGGAUGAUCUUGAAGGACUUGAUGCGGAAAUGAGCGACUCGUUUCAGGUAGGACUAACUUUUUUUUAA